GGGCGGGCCCGGGCGGCUCCUCCCGGCGGCGGCGGCGAAGAUGGCAGAUUUUUUGAAGGGGUUACCAGUCUACAACAAAAGCAACUUCAGCAGAUUCCAUGCGGAUUCCGUGUGUAAAGCAUCCAACAGACGCCCAUCAGUUUAUCUGCCCACGAGAGAAUUUCCCUCUGAACAAAUCAUAGUAACAGAAAAGACAAAUAUCCUCUUGCGUUAUUUACACCAGCAGUGGGACAAAAAGAAUGCGGCGAAGAAGCGAGACCAGGAGCAGGUGGAGAUCGAGGGGGAGAACUCGGCGCCUCCGCGGAAAAUCGCUCGGACAGACAGCCAGGACAUGAACGAGGACACUUAGAGCGAACCUGGGCUCUCCCUCUGCUCCUUCCAGCGCUUCCCACUCUGUCUCCACGUGUGUAAAUUUGGCCCCUCUCCCCCCUUCCUUUUUUUCCCCCCCUCCCCACGGCACAGCCCAAACCACUUCUGACUCCACGGGAGCCAAUGUAUUUAUUUUGGGUUUUUUUUCUUCUCCUCCCUCCUCCUCCUCCUCCUCCUCCAGUUGUUUUGUUUUUUUUUUAUUUAUGCCCCCCCAGCUCACGGAGCAGCGGUGGGACCCGGGGCAGUCCACGCAGCAGAACCUUAGUCCCCUCCUUCCCAAAAAACACCACGUUGUCACUUUUGAGUGGAUCGGUGGGAUCUGCUCCCUGCGACCUCCCGGGGCCGCCCCCUCACCGCUGACAUAUUCCAAGGGGUUCACUCCUCUGGGUGUUCCCCAUCCAGCCAUAACUGUGGGGACGAUUUUUUUAUUUUCCCUCAAAUAUUCCAAACCAGUCCCGGAUGCCGCUGAGGGGGUUGUUGACGGGAGCAGAUUCCUUGGCAGCUCCAUCCCGGCCGUGUUCCUGGCCCACGAGCCUCCUCCCGUGGUGCUGCAGGGUUGCAGUGAAAGGUGUGUUGCUUUUGUUGCUCUCAAGUUCUCACCUUCUCCCGGGCUGGAGUGGCCUGAGCCCUGCGAUUUCUCCGCUGGAAUAAAAGGACCCUCCCAUCCCGCUCCAGCCGCGUGUCCCGGCAGAGGCCGAGGGGAUGGAGGGGGGUCGGCACCGCUGGAUCUGCUCCGGGAGCACCUCGGCGCCUCCGUCUGCUUCCCUGCCUCAUCCCUCUGCUCUGGAUAAUGGCACAGUGGCUUUCCCUGCCAGGAAUGCAGGACUUGGAGCGGAUCAAACCUGAGCUUCCAUGGUCUGUGCUGACGACCAAUCCCCUUCGGACUGUGACAGUUCAGUGCCUGUCGCCCGUAACCCUUCCCUGGCUCUGAGAGGAGCCGAGACCCGUCAGUCAUCCGGGUGGAUCCAGAGGUCCAGGACUCGUGGAAAGGAGCAUCGUCACCGGGAGGGGACGGGAGAGGAGUAGCUUAGUCACGAUGUCGUGUGUGCUUUGCCCCGAGGAGCUGAUCCCCACUGUGGUCGCUGAAAUUGUGGCGUUCGUAGCUGUGUUUUUUUUCCUCGUCGACAAACCCCCGACACCAGGGAACCACACGGAUGUUUGUUUUUUUUUCCUGGAGAGCCUGGCUCCGAGGGGCUUUGAGGGUUCCUGCUGGCCCUGUCCCCCCCCAACCCCUGCCCGUCCCAGGGGUGCCACACAUCCCCUCCGGGGGCGCAGGGACGUGUCGGAAGCAGAACCUUAGGAAGAGCAGGACGCGGCUCCCGCUGGGAUUUUAAACGUCCCUUUAGGCACCGGGUUUGUGAAUGAGUUCCACACCGAGUAGUUUAGCACCUUGGACCUGCCUCAGAAAACGUCCCCUUCCUGCUGUGGCGGCCCCUUCCCAACUCCUGGAGCCACCCGGGACGCGAAGAUCCAGAGGGCCAUUCCCGGCGGUCUCCGUGUGGGGAGGAGGAUUCCUGCCGGAGCUCCCGCCCUCCGGACGCGCCGUGAGACACCGGGAUGAUCCAGAGCCGGAUGUGAGGAGUCCUUGGAGGAGCUCCAAGGCCCCGAGGGAGGGCAGGAGGACGCGGCUGGAGCCGGAGCGUGCGCAGGGCCGGGGCUGUUCCGCGCUGUAUCCGGGCUGUGCCGGCGGCCCCGCCACGUACCAUUAAAGAGUUGGCAGUUCCUUCCUGGCCUAAACCCC